UAAGUAACGAUCAAUGUUAGUUCUAAUCAAGUCGUGAUCUCCAAGAUACCCACACGUUCUAAAAGCUUCCUACUCAAAGGACUCAUAAAGUGCGAAAAAUAACAAAGUGAACACAAUAUAAAUAUAUAUGUACAUAUAAAUCUCAAAAGUAAAACACACACAAACAACCAUGACGUCAUUGAGGCAGGAUUUAUCAAAACGCACCUUCUUCGUCCUAAGCGGUGUUACCAACGUGUUGAGCAAGCCGUUGGCCAUCGAAAUCUGUCGCAAUUUAAGCAGUGGCUCUGUCGUUGUACUCAUUGAUUUGCAUGAAGAAAGUAUGCAGGAAAUUAAGAAAGAAAUUGAAUUGCUUGAACGUGAUGUUAAAGUGUUUUGCACGCCUAUUCAGACAUGGAAGGACACCAAUCGUACACGUUUUCAACAAAUACUCAACGCAAUCCUAAACAAAUACAAUAGUUCGGGUUGCAACUUUGAGCUCGCAUUUAUUUUACACAACGAAGGAACCAUGGCAACUGAUGACUUAAUGGAGCCGUCUGCAACUGACGAAUGGUUAUCUUAUGUAGAGCAACAUCUCCAUGCACCAGUUGCACUUAAUCGGGCUUUCCUGCAUGCGCCACAAUUUUCAAAGAUCACAAAACUCGUUGUUAAUAUCACAUCCAGCUUGAUGAUUCGUCCAUCCGUUUACAAUACGAUGAUGUGCUCUUGCUUGAGCGCACGUGAUAUGUAUUUCCGUGCCAUGGCUAAUAAGGAGCAUGGUAGUGGUGUUAAUGUGUUAAGUUAUUCACCGGGUAUUUUGAAAACGCACAAACCUCAGCGAGACUCAAACCAAAAUGUGAUUGACUUAUUGCACUUGGAUGUUGAACGGAGGCUACUGGGGUUGCCGCGUGUCGGCUUAAAGGAAACUUCACUCAAAUUGAUAAAUAUACUCCGGGAGACAUCAUUUAUUUCUGGCCAGGAUGUGGAUUACUACGACACAUUCUUCAUAUGAGGAAUGCUAACGCGAUAUUACCGUGAAUUCGUUUUUGCUUGGAGUUAUGCGUGAUAUUUUUUGCACUUCAAUUUAUUUGUUGUUUGAGCAACGUUGUUGAUGACUGAAAUUAUUUAUGAAAAUUUAUAUAAGAAAUAAAAAUGAAGUUGGAGGGGAAACAAAUC